CUUUGAAGUUCAUAUGUUAGAAACCAACGAAAUAUUGACAUUUUUUGGUCUGCUGGGUUAAAUUUGUCUCUUGUUGUUUAAGUCAACAUCAAGAAGGUAUUUUUUAUGUGGUGAGUUCAUCGUCAUCAUCAUCAUCAUCUCCUUCACAUCGUAAUUAGUCAUAUGGUAACGUGUUCUCUUUAGAAACCAAACACAUCAAAGAAAGUUUCAGAUUUGAUAAAAAAAAAAUAUGAAUUCAAUUCGGUUUUCUUGUAGCUCUCUCCCUCAAGACAUAAUCCUGAAGAUCAGCUCUUCUCUUCAGGUGAUUGAUCUUUGUGCACUCAGUAGCUGUUCUAGGUUUUGGAGAGAGCUAUGUGGUUCUGAUAUCUUGUGGGAACCUCUGUUUAGGCAAAGAUGGCCCUUGUUGUCCUCAUUUGAUGGAGACAAUACUCAGUUUCCUCAAGCCCAAACCAAUGAAAAUUCUCAGGAAUGGAGAAGAUUUUACGUGAUGCAGCACAAGAAAAUGGCAUCUAGAGCUUCCGAGGUGAUUACAUAUGUGACUAAAUGUCCUGCUACGUUGUCUCUAGAGGCCGGUAAAUAUCUGCAGGCAGUUGAAACCAUGAGCUCGAUGCGGUUGGGAUUUCAAGAUGUGGAGUUAUUUCUCUUCAAACCAAACUUGAGUGUGCUGCUCAACCUCAUUGGACUCAUCUACUGCAUACAACACUUGAAACCGUUGCGAGAGCAAAUCUUGGAUGCGCUAAGGCGAUGUGGAAUCUCAGAGCAGCUAGUUUGGGUGAAAUGGUUGACGUUAGGUCGAUGGUCAGGUGGAAGACGAAUGAGAGAUGAAAUUGUGUCGCGUCAGGUCUCUCUAGUCGAUGUUGUAACAGGGAAAGAAGAGACGGUUCUACGAGUGCUUCAACGAGGAGUUGUUCACGAAGUUCUACGCGUUUGUAUCUCGACUGUUGAUCUUGCGUGUACGCCUUGCAGCAGUAGCACCAUCAGAAACUACUAAACCGUUUCAAGGCUUCCAGGAUUACAAGUUGAAUUGGGUUUAAUUAAUAAUAAACAAUAUGUAAUUAUGAUUGAAACUACUAUUAAAGUUCAUGUAAAUAAUAAUAAAGGACAUUUUUUUAG